CUCACCAACUGAGUGGCGGCCUAUCGAUAGUCGUGUUAUCGGUGUUAGUAAAUAUCAGCUGAAGUUGAUGCUCCUCCGGCGAAAAUGUCCCGGAAAUCAAAAGGAGAUGUAGGAUCCGCCCGCCAGAGGGCCCAACUCAACCUAGUCGACUUCAGCUUCCUGGACCGCAAGGCGGAGGUAGCGGGCCUGCUGCAGGCCAAGAGCCGCCAGGUGGGUCGAAGUCUGGUGGAGAACGAAGCCGACUUUUGGAAGUUCGUGGGCAAGUACGAGGCCAUGAUGCGCGCCACGGGUCAGCCCGUGCUGCCGCCCCUGCUCGCUGAGUCGGAUUUGGCAAGCAUUCAGCCGUAUUACCGCAGCAAGCACUUGGCGCUGCGGCUGGAGAAGGAUGAACUGCUCCAGGAGGCGCACGCCGAGGUGCAGGCCCAGUUCAGGCACCUCCUGCUGGUGUACCUGGACUUCCGCCAGACAGAGAAGUUCCAGCGCAUCCGGAAGCUGCGACAGGCACAGCGCAACCUGCCCAUUGCUCGCUUUCGACAGGAUUUGCGCGAUGCCCUGGACACCUCCCGCGUGGUCAUCGUGGCCGGCGACACGGGCUGCGGCAAGUCCACGCAGGUACCCCAGUUCCUUUACGACUUUGGCUACCGCAGCAUAGCCUGCACCCAGCCGCGUCGCUUGGCCUGCGUGUCCCUGUGCAAGCGCGUGGCCCACGAGCUCCUCGACGACUACGGCAGCCGGGUGGCCUUCCAGAUCCGCUUCGAGCGCAGUCGCACGCAGCGCACCAACAUCCUGUUCAUCACAGAGGGUCUGUUACUGCGCCAGCUGGCGGUGGCUGCCAACUUAGACCAGUACGACGCGCUCAUCCUGGACGAGAUCCACGAGCGCAACCUGUUCGGCGACUUCCUGCUGGGCGUAACCAAGUGCCUUCUGCGAGCACGGCCGCAGCUCAAGCUGAUCCUCAUGUCGGCCACCAUCAACGUGGAGCUCUUCCACGGAUACUUCAAGGACGAGGGGGCGCGGCUGGUGCAGGUGCCGGGACGACUGUUUCCCAUCAAGCUGCGCUACAUGCCGCCACCAACUCUGGAGCUGAAGGCGGGCCAGGCGACAGCGGCAUCGAAGCGCUCUCAAAGCGCCCGCAUAGACCCGGCUCCCUUUGUCCAGGUGCUGAGCCUGAUCGACCAGCAGUAUCCGACUAGCGAGCGCGGCGACGUGCUGAUCUUCGUGAGCGGCGUCAACGAAAUUGAAUCGGUUGUGGAGGCCGUCCAGGAGUACGCCACCGAGCAGACGCACUGGCUUGUGCUGCCGCUGCACAGUGGACAGGCGAUCGCCGAGCAGGGCAAGGUGUUCGACUAUGCGCCCGAGGGCUGGCGCAAGUGCAUCGUGUCUACCAACAUUGCCGAAACGUCUCUGACAGUGGACGGCGUGCGUUUCGUGAUCGACUCUGGAAAGGUCAAGGAAAUGAGCUACGACGCCGCCUGCAAGGGCCAGAGGUUGAAGGAGUUCUGGGUGUCCAAGUCGUCGGCCGAGCAGCGCAAGGGUCGUGCUGGGCGCACAGGACCAGGUGUUUGCUUUCGCCUCUACACCGCGGAUCAGUUCAACGCUUUCGAGGCCUAUCCCACGCCUGAAAUCUACCGCGUCCCGCUCGACACGAUGCUGCUGCAGAUGGUGUCCAUGGGCCUGCCCGACGUCAGGGCCUUUCCUUUUAUAGAAGCCCCGGAAACGGAGCGCAUCGAGCAGACCAUUCUGGCGCUCAAGCAACAUUGUGCACUAAGUGUGGAGGAGAAGAUCACUCCGCUGGGCAGCUCGCUGGCCAACCUGCCCGUGGAGCUGUCCAUCGGCAAGAUGCUGCUCAUGGGCUGUGUGUUCCCGGAGGUGGAGCAACUGCUGACGCUGGCCGCCAUGCUCAGCGUGCAGAACCCGCUGACGAAUCGCGCCCACACAGACCAGCGUUGCGUGCGGGAGCGCGAGUCGCUGGAGUCCGAACAGGGCGACCUCUUCACCCUGGUGCGCCUGUUUCGCGAAUGGGUGCAGCUAAAGAUGCGACGCGAGGGCACGCGCCAGUGGUGCCGCCGCUUGGGCAUCGAGGAGCAGCGGUUCUAUGAGGUGACCAAGCUGCGUGCUCAGUUCCAGCGCAUCCUCGAGAGCUGCGGCAUGGUGGUGGCCAGCAGUUCCGAUUCCCAGCUGACCAGCGCCGAGCGGGCCACGCGGCACGGCGAACUGCGCCAGCUAAAGGCGAUGAAGCGCCGUCAGCGAUUCGAGCAGCCGCGUCAACGCAAGUUGCUCAAGCAGAGCGGUGGAAGAGGGCAGGAGGACGACGAGGAGCGGGAUGAGGAGCAGGGCAACGACAUGCGGGACGUGGACUUCCGGCUGCGCUUUGAUCCCCGCCAGCUGACACUGCUGGAGCGCUCGGCGCGCCUCGAUCGACACCGCGACGUUGUGCUGCUGAAACUGCUGCUGGGGAGCGGAUUUUACCCACAACUGGCUAUCAGCGACGAGUUCAACUACUGCAAGGGCGGAGGCCAGCAGUUCUUCCACACGCGGCUCAAGCCCUUCGUCCUGCAGCACCCUAACGCCCACUUCGCCAAGCACUACGAGCUGCUCAAGCUGACUGACAGCGAUCUGCUGGCCAAGCCGAACUUUUACACGCCCAAGCAUCCGAUCAGCGAACGCCACCAGUUGCUGUGUUACCAGUCGCUGCUGGAGACCGCCAAGCCCUAUCUGAUCAACUGCAUCCGCCUGCCGGCUGCCCAGACGCUGUUGCUCUUCAGCUUCUCCAUCGACACGAAUGCGGGCAUCAGCCAGAUCGUCUGCGACGGCUGGCUUGGACUGGAUCUGCCCAUGCCGGGCAGUGGAAUGGAGCUCCUAAGCCGCGCCAUAGAGUUGCGACAGCGGUGGAGCAGGCUGCUUUACGCAAAACUAGAGGAUCUCAAUAACAAGCAGGAAACAUCUCCAGGUGCGAGCGAUGGGAGCAGCACGCUCUGGCACGAGCUUCUCGACUUCAUGGCGCUGGAUGUGGCGUACGCAAUUAAGAGGCUGCUGCCCGCCGACAUCAAGAGGCUGUACUCCCACGAGGCUCCGUCGACGAGACUCAUGGAGCUCAAGGAGAACCCCUUUGCCCGAGACUAUCCCAUGACGGCCAACGACGAGAAGGGCGGGCUCAACGUGUCCGAGCACGUGGUCUACAGCUGCUUGGCGGAGCAGCAGUGGACAAUGGCCAUGGAUGCGGCCCUGCGGGCAGAGCCAUGGAGCUGCACACGAUGCGAUUUCCAGCUGGAGGAGUUCGAUGUGCUGGAGCAGCUGGUGCACCGAUCCCACUGCAAGGGUCGCAAGGCGCAGGGCCGUAAGCCCAAAUCGGAUAGCCCUGUUUCGAUGCCAGAGACAUCCAGAAGCUCAUCCUCCCACUCCUCCGGCAGCUAUCACUGCAAGUCCUGCCAACGGGUGUUGCGGCUGUCAAAGAUCGACAUCCUGCGCCAUCAAAAGCAGUGCCGAAAUAGCAAGGGAUCUGACUGAAAUAAAGCAUUAUUUAUAAGAAACAAGUCCCGAAAUGUAUUCUUAGACCACUAAUUUUAUGUUUAGAAAAAUUAUAAUUGCAUUAAAUUUAAUUUAUUAGAUCUAA